UUUCAUGAUACAAAAUAUGUUCAUGUCAUAUUGCAUUACUUGAUCCAGGUUGCUAUUAGAAAAGUGUUGCCCAAGAAUGUGUCUUUGGUCUUAAUUAGGUUGGGGAAUUAUUUUAGAGCCAUAUGUAGUAAGGCUAUAAGGAGAAGCGAUCUUGAUAAGCUGAAGGCCGAAAUCAUUGAUAUAGAAUAUGAGCUUGAAAAGUUUUUUCCUCCAUCUUUUUUUGAUAUAAUGACAUAUUUGCCUAUCCAUUUAGUGAAUGAAAUUAAGCUUGGAGGCCCGACUCAUUUGCGUUGGAUGUAUUCUAUUGAAACAACUCUGUGUCACUUCAAGGGGAUUGUUCGUAAUAAAAAAAAUUCAGAAUUGGCAAUAGUAGAGGAUUUUUCAGCUAUAGAUUGUUUGACCUUUAUUUCGAGAUACCUACAUGAUACGGUGAAGACACCAUUUAAUAGGUAUCAAACCGAGAGUGAUGAGGACAAUCAAAUAGAGGAAGGUAAUGCUCCAUCUUUAUUUCCUAAGACAUGUCAUCCAAUCGAAAGUAUGAAUAAAAGGAAAGGGAAGACUUUUAACGUGGAGAAUCAUGAGAUGUAUGGAGCUCACCCAUAUGUUUUGUUCAAUACCGGAGAUGAAAAAGUAGACACAUUCAUCGAGAAACAUAAGAAUUUAAUUUACAAUCGUACUAGAGGAAAUGCAUGGGUAAAUGCACAAAUCCGUAGUAGAGAAUUUAGUGAUUGAUUUAGGGAUAAAGUUAAAAAUAUUGAAGUGUCCAAUCAUUUAAGAUGGCUUGCUAAAGGGCCUAAUUUUGUGGCUAAAAGAUAUACUGGAUAUUUCAUUAAUGGAUAUAGAUUUCAUACAAAGACAUGGGAUGUCGCUUGCAAGACUCAGAGUAGUGGAGUUACUUUGUCAACAUCAACAAAUAGUUUUGCUAAUGCUAGGGACCAAAAUCCUAUCGAUGGAAUGGUUAUCUAUUAUGGAAUUAUUCAGGAUGUCAUUGAGAUUGAUUAUUGGGGUUGCUUUAGUGUUAUACAUUUUAGAUGUGAUUUGUUUCAUAAUGAAGUUGAUGAAUAUGGAUUGACUUGGGUAUACUUCAAUAAAAAA